UUCGAUGUCGCACGGACGGCAAAGAUUCUACGUGACGUCACGUAGAAUCUUUGCCGUCCGCGCAGAAUCUUUUGAGCGUACUACGGUGGGCAGAGAGGCAAUGAUGGCGCGUAUUUCAAAAGCGGCGCAGCAGCUGUUUGCAGAAGUUGUUGACAUUUGUGCGCGGUCUCUAUGGAAACGUAAACUUGGACCUUUUCGAAACUGACGCACAUUGUGUAAAUGGCGCACAAAAUGGCCGGUCUCGUCGUCCGACUGUGUGCUUCAUCGAACGCAAAAUAGAAUAUUCUGCGUAGAAUGUUCUUCGUCCGAGGAGACAUCGAACGCGGCCUUAACCUAUUGUGAUUAUUUGGUUUGCAGAAGCAAGCUGAUGCUGAGUUGAGCUACACUGAGGCAAACAAUGGGUGCAAACAGUGCAGAUACAGUGCUCUCUGGGCACACCAACGAUGUCAACAGCUGUGACUGCUCUGCCAGCGGUCUGAUCGUCACAGGCUCCAGUGAUAAGACGGUGCGGGUGUGGUCGCGCCAGACGGCCGACCCCGCCGGUGCCGACCGGGACCAGUGGCAGGAGCUGGCCUACUCGCCGCUCACCUUCCAUCUGUACACCGUGCACUGCGUGCGCUUCUCGCCGAACGGCGCCAGCUUCGCCUCGUGCUCCACAGACGGCACUGCCGUAAUCUGGAACGCUAAGACGGGGGUGACGGUGCACACGCUGCGUCACCCCUCCCAGUCGCCGCUGCGCGCCUGCUGUUUCUCUGUGGACGGAGCCCUGGUGGCCACCGGAGGGGAUGACGGCGACGUCUGCGUCUGGAGCGCCGAACAGGCCGACCGGCCGCUGCUCACGCUGCACGGUCACGAGGAGUCGGUGUCGUGUCUGUCGUUCGGCGGCCCGGCCGGUCUGCUGGUCUCCGGCUGUCUGGGCGGAGAGCUGCGUCUUUGGCGACCCCGCUCGGGGCGCACCAUGCCGCUGGCCCUGCAGCAGACGGCGCACGACCUGGGUGUUACCUGCUGCCACCUGCGACCGGCCGACAGCGAUGGCGGCGGCGGCGAUCUGCUGGCCAGCGGCGGCAACGACUGCGUGGUGCGUGUGUGGACGGUCUCGGCCGAGGAGGGCGGCCUGCGGCCGCUGACCGAGCUGACCGCUCACACCGGGGUGGUGAUGGACGUCCACUUUUCGCCGUCGGGCCGGCAGCUGGCCUCGGCCGGCGGCGACAAGACUGUGCGACUCUGGGAUACGGAGAGCUGGACGCUGCUGCGAACCCUGCACGGCCACUCGCGGUACGUCACGUGCUGCUGCUUCUCCGGCGACGGACGUCUGCUCAUCUCGGGCUCUAACGACCGAUCCGUGCUGCUGCGGCCGGUGGGAGAGCCGGAGCAGGCCGGGGCGGGCCUGGCGCCAAGCGCCCCGCCGCGCCCCGCGCCCACUCAGGUGUCUGAGUGGACGUGCGACCAGGUGGGCGGCUGGCUGCGCUCCCUCGGUCUGGCCCAGUACGCCGACGCGUUCGCCGCCCGCUCUGUGGACGGUGCCCGGCUGCUGGAGCUCACCGAACAGGCCAUGGAAGACGAGCUCGGCGUCGAGCUGGUCGGUCACCGCAGUAAGCUGGUGCGCCAGCUGGACCGACUGCGUCAGGGUCCUCCGGCGAGUCCCGACACCACGCCGCCGGACGAGUUUUACUGCCCCAUCACCCGAGAGCUGAUGGUCGACCCGGUGGUCUGCUCAGAUGGCUACAGCUACGAGCGGAGCGCCAUCGCCGCCUGGCUGAAAGAGCGCACCUCUAGUCCCAUGACCAACGAGCCGCUGGCCGCACUCGUGCUGGUGCCCAACCACGCGCUGCGCUCGCUCAUCGGUCAGCGCUGGCGCCCAGCAGCGGGCCCGCUGAGCGCGCCGUAAUGGCCGCUGAACGCGCCGCUACGGUGGCUGAGCGCGCCGCUACGACCCCUGAGCGCGCCGCUACAGUGGCUGAGCGCGCCGCUACAGUGGCUGAGCGCGCCGCUUCAAUGGCUGAGCGCGUCGCUAUGGCCGGUGAGCCGCUUCAGUCGCAGAGCGCUCGUCGCUACAGUCGCUGAGUGCGCUCCAAUCGCAACACUAUCCACCAGCACAUGUGUCUUUAAAGUGCAAUUAUCGAUGUUGUUUCACCGAUUGUGCGUUGGUGUUUCAGCGUAAUGCAUGCUUUAAUCAAUAUUGUGGGUGGUCAUAAUAUGUGGUUACGAUUACGGCACAAAGUGAUCAUGUACUUACUUCUUGGUUGUGGCUAGCGCGAUGGUGAUAUUUUAUGAAUCAAACAAUCGCAAGCGAUUUAUGUUGAUGUGCAUAUUGUGUUGAUCAAUGGAGGUUGUAUAUUGCAUUUGUUCGUCAUGAAUCGUUUACAUUUUAAACGUCGGGACAGUGAAAUGUCAAAUUAAUGGGUCGGGUAGACACCAUGACUAUUUUAGCGACGCUAUACUGAUGUCUACGAUAAUGCUUGAUCAUAGUGGGUAGUUCUGCUCUGCAAUCUUUUUGCAGUCAUUGAGUCUCAAUGUUGAUUUCUAUAGUAUUUGAAACAAUUGCAGAAAAGCCGUGUCCCACCACAGUCAUCUAGCGUAACAAUCAGUUGCAAUGCUUAACUGCAGUGUAUGCAUCGUGCAACGCUACUGAGGUGCGUUCUGCCUUUUUCUGUACAUUGUGCAUUGGUUCCGACAUACUCAAUAUUUUGUGCCAGUUAUCAAUAUCCGUUUUCAUUAUGAUACCUUUCACAUCAGCUAGUCACAAUGUUGCAGCACAGCUGGUAGAUUUAUUUUGUUUUACGAUAUGUAUGUGAUGUCAAGUUGAUUUUAUUUGAACUGCCACGUCACUCGAUGUACUACGGCUCACACUAUUCUCUGUCAGUAAGUCCAGACGUGUAUCUUGUGAUCGUGUACCUGUUACCACUCGCCGGCAGUGGUGCGAGUGGUGCCUAUAGGAGGAGACCGUGCCUUGAAUCUUUGACAGGCGCCGCGGGGAGCAUGCGGAUGCUCCCUGUGCAUCACUGAGGUAUCCUGUGUCGUCUUUGCGACGGUGCUCUGACAUCCCGUCAGCGUGGCUCAUAGGGCGCACGGCACGACGGGUGGGACACGACCGUUCCAACCACCGUGAAUGUGACAACGAUCGUCCAAAUCAGAUAACUUUUAUCCUACUUGUCACCGGAACCGUUCAAACCACAGUAUAUGUCAGGGAAGAAAGAAUUGUACGCAAAUAAACGGCUGAUGCUGA